AUGAAAGCAAAGGCAUGGGUGUUGGGAAUAGAGAAGUUAUUUGAAGUUUUUCCUUGCACCGAAGCUCAAAAGGUGCAACUGGCUGCCUUUACUCUUGAAGACGAGGCGCGGAGGUGGUGGAUGCUUACAAGAACUAUGCAUCAAGGGUUAACAUGGGAGAGGUUCUUGGAAUUGUUUUAUGAUAAGUACUUCCCUCAAAGUAUACGAGAUAAGAAGGUAACUGAAUUUGAGACUCUCCGACAAGGGAAUAAGACCGUUGCUGAGUAUGAAGCCCAAUUUACGGAACUAGCCCGGUUCGCGCCUCAUAUGGUAGACACGGGUUAUAAGAAGGCACGGAAGUUUGAAGGGGGACUACGGGGUACUAUUCUGGACAAGAUCAAUAUGCUGAAACUAUCCACUUAUGUCGAUGUGUUGGAGAGGGCGGUCAUAGCAGAAGGAAACCUCGCUAGUCAGAACCGAAUCUCUGAAUGGAAAGGAAAGAGACAGAAUAUCCAAUGGUCAAAGGGGACAAUUACUCCACCAAACAAGAAACAAAAUUCAGGGACUUCGACUACAGGACAGCAACAAAAUGGCAAUAGAACUGCUACCAGUUCAGCGGGGUCGACACCAACCACCAACACCAAGGCACCGGUCAAAUCUACUAACAAUAAAGAUACUGCAAGGCAAGGCAGGGUGUUUGCUUUGAUCCCGGGAGAUGUACAAAAUGCUGCAACGGUAGUGUCAGGUACAUUUAUGGUUCAUGGUCACUCUGCUUGUGUGUUACUUGAUUCCGGCUCUACGCAUUCUUUUGUGUCGAAACUAUUUGCUCCUAAUUUAAAUAAAACUGAAGAAAAACUGUCUUAUGUGUUAUGCGUAUCUUUACCUUUGGGAGACCCUAUAAUUUGUGCUUCUGUGUAUGUUGCUUGUGAACUCCAACUUGAGGAUAUCCGGGUAUAUGCCAAUCUGUUACCUCUUGAUAUGGCCUAUUUUGAUAUUAUUCUGGGAAUGGACUGA